GACAACUUAAACCUAAUCCCAUUUACCUGGUUUCAAUUUUUCCUCGUCUGACGGUCCGAUUGUCUGGAACGGUUGGAUUACCGGUAGGAUUUGGGGUUUAAAGGAUACAUUCUUUACUAAAAACCUGUUCCCUCGAAUAGAGUAUAUUAUUUGCGAUGCUUCCAAUUCAGCCCGAGUCCAAUAUGGCGAAUGCCAUGGUCGCCCAGACCGAAAGCAAGAUGUAUACGCGCGAGCACCGCAUUACCAAGGGUGGUAGACACCUCUGGUACCAAUUAGAAGUUCUGCAGCAGCCUGAGCGUGCGAGAGCGUGUGGUUCUGGUCCCAAAUCAUCUGCCGACCGUCGACCAGUUGACCCACCGCCUGUUGUCAUUCUGAGAGUUUUCGAAGGAGAGCAUUUUGAAGGUGCUCGAGAUAUUACGUUUGAUUAUAAUGUCGACUUUUUCUGUUACGCCUCGCUUGAGCAUGCGCGCCCUAUGGCUCACGGGAGAGUACAAACCCCAGCAGCUACUUCGCCUCCCGUCCUUACUGGAUUUCCUGUAUCUGGAUGCUGUUACCUGGAUCGACCCGACCCGGCUGGAUAUUUCCUGUUCCCGGAUCUUUCGGUUCGUCAUGAAGGACGCUAUCGUUUGGUUUUCAGCCUUUACGAGUUGAUUAAGGAGGAGCAAGAUCAGGAUCGUGAUGCACCACCUCAGGACCAUGAAGAUGGCAUGUCGGAAUUGAGAGCGGGAAAUGCCAACCAUAGGAUGGACCUUCGAUCAACCGAUUUUAUUGUCUAUAGUGCCAAGAAGUUCCCGGGAUUGACUGAGAGCACUUCUCUUAGCCGUACGGUUGCUGAGCAGGGUUGCCGUGUUCGUAUUCGACGUGAUGUACGUAUGAGACGACGCGACACUAAGGCUUCUGCUCCUAGCGAGUACGACAACAAUGCGGAGGAAGAGUAUGCUAGGCGUAGGAACAGGACUCAAACUCCGGAAGCAUAUCGCGCUCGAUCCCUUAGCAAUUCGAGCAUGGACCGAACUUCAUAUGUUGGCCCGGAUCACCCGAGACGUCCUUCGAAUGCCGAAUAUGGACCACCUCCGCCUCCGUUAUACCAGAACGGCCAGGCUCCGUCAACCAUGCUUAACUUCGGACAUGGAGGCAACGCUGGAUUCGCUCAACCCUAUGGACCUGCGCCUCCAUCUGGCCAAUCGACACCAGUAUCACCUGCAGCUCCUAUCUUCCCUCCGAGCAAUAACUUUCCGCCGCCACCUCCAUCGCCCGGCUAUGCACCACCGGGCUACCCGCAUUACGACUCCGCUGCCAGCGACGCAGAGCUUAGACGACGAUCGUCUGCGAGCUAUUCUACUAUUUCCGCUCACCCGCCUGCGCCGUAUCCCCUGGCGAGAGUUUCCCCUAGACCACCCACGGCUUCCUCCAUUGGACCUAUGCCUUCCCUUCCUUCCAUAAUAAGCCCGAAGAUGUCGCCCAGCCACUACGCUGAUCGUUCUGGCUCGAUAACAUCACUUCAUAGACCGCCGUACCUUCAACCUGAACCCCGAUCUACCAAACGCUCUAUCGACGAGCUGACGAGUAGCAACCAGCAAGGACGUGUUGUCAACGGCGACCGUCCCUCAAUAGACUACCCCGGAGUUCCUUACUACCGAAGAGCCGAUGGCACAGAACGAACAGCUGUGUUCCCCGAUUCUCUUGCAUAAUGGUUCGAGCAUAUUAACGGAUGUUACGAAUGACAAUUAUCAAGUUUCGCAGGGGCGUUGCGCGUUCGACGGCGUCAAUGUU